AAUCGCACCUUUUCCCUCCAUCCUUCGAUCGUUAUCGAUUCAGCCACCUUUGGUGGACCCAUUAAAGUGUGUUGGCCGCAUACCUGGAAGCAGCGACUAUGUAGUUCAAACUGAGUAUCUAAUUUAAUGGAACACUAGUUGACAAGGCUGUUGUGAACCCACCGUGUGUCAUGCAUGCCGUUUAACAAACUGUUACCCUCGUUCAGAAAAUGCUUCGUCUUUGGGGUUUGUCUUGACUGACUUUCACUGGGCUUGGUUUGCGUUCGUCCAGGAUUGACGGCAGCCGAUCAUGGUACAUACUCAUGGCCACCAACGACCAAUUCAUUACACGAUUAGGCAGGACUUAUCCUAUUGCACGAAGUACUACCCAAUCAGGAUAGGCCAACCAGGAUAGGAUCCAGCUAUUUCUCCAACCGAUCAUCAUCCAGCUCUACUCGUGGUUCAUAGGCACCUGCUAUGAAAAUACGCAACUGUGGUUCCAUCCUGUGGUUUAACGCCAACGGUUGAGGGAACAUCCAGACUGAGCGCCAUAGCGCCAAGCCCUUAUCGCAUUACAUGGUGUCGGUAAGUGAUGAAAUUGGAGCGAGGUAUGGUGCUAGAGAGAAUGUUCCUCCACAACUGUCGUUCUCUACUUAAAACGGGUACCGACGUUCUUGAUUUUCAAGCAUAACCCACUUCACUCACUACAACACGUAGCCAAUCCCUUCUCUCACCUUGUUGUCACGACCUUUGCACGAUUUCUUACCUCCUGCCUAAUAUCCAUAUCCAAUUCUCCAUCAUAUUGACUCUACAUCAAUAAUGCAUCCAGCUCAAGUUCUUCGUCGCCCUCUCACCGCCCGUGUCAUGAAGGGCGCUGUAGGCCGAUACACACACUUCCCCAAUAAAUUCCACCAACGUAGUAUCAUCACUUUGAAAGACCACGUCUACUUUAAGGCAACUGCAGGUGGUCCUGGCCGCAAUGGCAUAGUGAAGUCUUAUGGCGACUCGCCCCUCGAACUCAAGAUGUCUAUGCCUAAGGUAGCCGGCGGUAAGGGCGAUGGCCCUAAUCCUGAACAGCUUUUAGCCAUGGGAUAUUCUUCAUGCUUUCUUGGCGCUCUCCAGCUCGCUGCUGCUCGCGCUAGUAAGAAAGAGAUGGCCGAGAACGCUAAAGUGCACACAGUAGUUUUCCUUGGUCACCCUGACGCCCCCAACAUGGACGGCUUCGGUCUUCGAGCAGAAGUUAUUGUCGAAGGAUGCCCCGACGAUGCUAUCAUCGCUUCGGCCCAUGAGUUCUGUCCUUACAGCCGCGCGCUGCAGUAUGGGGCCGAUGUUUCAGUUAUGAAGGCAUAAUUCCGACUUUGAUUUAUACAUGGGAGUCGUGAAUUCAUCAUAUUCUACAACCAUACUAACAGGUAACUGUAAUCCUUUAUCAUGGACUUUCGAUGAUAUGCGAACCUCCUUUCAUUGUAAUAUCUCAUACCAAGUACUACACAUCGUACAUUUGUAUUUCUGUCAUAUCCAGAUACCCCUAGGUUACGAAUAGACUGUGUUGUAUCAUGUUCAUUUCCUGCUUGCGACAAUUCGAAACCAGGACCAAUGCAAUUUUUAGCCUCACUUGAUUGUAA